AUGCAGCGGCUGAUCAAACUGGCACCCGACUCGAAUCCGUUCUUGCGCGUUAUCUUCCGUCCUCCAACAUUUAAGCCCGAAUUUUGGGUGAACAAGAAUGUCUGGGUAGAGAUUUAUUACACUGAAAAUGUACCGCUGAAUUGGGGACGUUUCGAUACAAUCAUUGCAACUGGCGCUGGCACAUCGCGUGUCGGUGGCUUGCCACACAAUAAGCAGUGUCAGCUGUGCAAUUUAUAUCCACAGAAGAGUAAUUCCUCAGCAAGGAUUGCCUCGUCGAGGCUCAAUUCGACAUUUGAAUUGCUUCUGCAUUUGGAGCGCAAGAGACUUGGCAGCAGUAAUAUCAAUGAGUCAGCGGAUCUGAUUGAGACCAUCUGUAAUGUGAUCGAUUCAAUCGUUGGACAGAACGCGCAUAUGGCUGAGAAUGGAAAAAAUAAGUCGGUCAGUGAGAUGCAAUGCAAAAAUAUCAGAGACGUGAGAAAAAAGGCAGAACUGAAAACACCGGAAGAAAUCAUGCGGCGCCUCGACGAAGCGGAGUUGUGCGAGGAGAUGCAGGAUUGCAGGAGCUGCUUGAAGAGGCUGAUUAGUGACAUGAAUAAAGGCAUGACACAAGUCGAGCGUCUUUUGAACGAGGCGAGGCAGUGCUCAAUGCGCUCCACAUUUUUUUCCCAGCUAUGUUCCGUUCGAUGA